AUAUUUGAUUAAAUAAAUGACCCCUAUUCGUUCCACAAAAAAUAAUAAUAAUAAAUAAAUAUCUAUAUAAGCUUUCCAAGAUGCUUACUAAAAUUCCUGGUUGAUACUAUUGGUUAAUUUGGAUGAGGAUACGUUAACUUGUUCACUAAUGGCUUUUUCUAAAUGUGAACAACAUUGUUAAUGUAGAAAAAUCUAUAACAAAUAACCAUAAUGGCUCUACUUAAUGCAUCUAUCUAUAUGCUCACAUCCACAACUUUAUGUUCUUUAGAAAUUGUUCAACCUACAAAAUAUUCUAUCUUAUAAUACUUAAAAAAGAGUAUUUUCUUCUUAAUUCUUAUCAGAUCUUUUCAAGCACCAAAAUCUCACUUACAAGAUUCCAACGUGGGGAUAUGUAACCACUAAAAACAUGAAUAUGGCCCUCCUUGCACUAUAAAUCCACCAUCACUUAACACUCUUCCUCAAUUGUCAGUUACAUAAUUUGCUCACGAGACCCGUGCACUCUUACCAACUCAAUAGGCCACAAGUUUUCAAUUCCUUUUUUUCUUUAUAUUUCUGCAAAAAAGAAGGGCCAAAAUCCAAUUUUUAAAGAAACCCACCAAGCCAUUUGGCUCAAAAGUUAUGUCUAGUGUAUGUGUAUCUUACUUGGAAGAAAACAAAAGCAGAUCAUGGCCAGCCAACUUUGACAAAAGGGUUGUGUCAGAGCUGAAAACACAGCAAGGGAUUGCAGUUCCAUUGGUGGCUAUGAAUUUGUCUUGGUUCAUAAAGAUAGCCAUCACAACAGCAUUUCUAGGCCGUCUUGGUGAGCUUCAACUAGCAGGUGGCGCGCUCGGCCUCACUUUCGCUAAUGUUACUGGCUUUUCUGUCUUGACUGGUCUCAGUGGUGCCAUGGAACCAAUAUGUGGCCAAGCUUAUGGAGCAAAGAAUUCCAAACUCCUUCACAAGACCCUUCUGAUGACAAUCUUUCUGUUACUGCUAGUAACGGUUCCUAUUUCUUUCUUGUGGCUCCAUGUUGAUAAAAUCUUCAUCCAUUUUGGCCAACAAGAAGACCUUUCAGUAGUUGCAAGGAGCUACCUUUUUUAUCUCCUUCCUGACUUGGUGAUCACAGCAAUAGUUUGUCCUCUCAAAGCAUAUUUGAGCUCACAAGGCAUAACAAUUCCUAUCAUGUUCAGCUAUGGUCUGGCUCUCGCCCUUCAUGUACCAAUCAACAUCUUUUUGGCCAAAGCAAAGGGUCUUGAGGGAGUUGCCAUGGCAGCUUGGAUUUCUGAUCUCAUAGUUCUAACUCUGUUGGCCAUAUAUGUAAUCAUGAUGGAAAGCACAAAGGAAGGGAGGUGGAAGGAAGGAGGUUGGUUAGACCAAAGCUAUGGAGAUUGGAUUAGGCUGCUUAAGCUUUCUGGAACAUGUUGCCUCACCACAUGCCUUGAGUGGUGGGGUUAUGAGAUCUUAGUUCUAAUGACAGGGCACCUUAAUAAUGCCAAAGAAGCAGUUGGAAUUCUCACCAUUGUCCUAAAUUUCGACUAUUUGCUCUUUGCUGUCAUGCUUUCUUUAGCAACAUGUGCCUCAAUUCGUGCCUCGAAUGAGCUCGGAGCCAACAGGCCAGGGGCUGCUCGCUACUCGGCCUAUGUAUCUCUGACUGUGAGUGUGAUCACAGGCUGCAUAUGUAGCUUGGUUAUGGUUGCAGGCAGAGGAACUUGGGGUGCUUUGUUCAGCCAUAAUAAGAGGAUUGUAAGAGGAGUAAAGAAGAUGCUGCUGCUAAUGUCUUUGCUGGAAAUUGUGAAUUUCCCAUUAGCAGUUUGUGGAGGAAUCGUUAGGGGAACAGCUAGGCCAUGGUUAGCCAUGUAUGCCAAUAUUGUUGGGUUUUACCUCAUUGCCUUGCCACUGGCUGCGGUUCUGGCCUUCAAGGUUGAGCUUUCUCUAGGUGGAAUGUUGAUGGGGUUCUUAGUGGGGAUUAUUUCUUGCUUAGUAUUGUUGUUGGUUUUCAUUUUUAGGAUCAACUGGGAUGAAGAAGCUAAUAAGGCUCAAUUCCUGGCUGACAGUAGUGAAAAUGAGAAUAUAAAAACUGCAGAGGCAGUUAACAAUGGUCAAGUACGAGCGCCUUCAUUUGAUGAUGCAGCUGCAGACCAGAGAAAUAAUUCUAGAGUAGCCAUAGGAAUGUAAAAAAAUAGGCAUAUAUGCAAACAAGCUUUAUCAGCUAAAAUAACUUGUAAACUCAAUUAAGUUUUAAGUAAAUCUUUUCAAACAUUUU